CCGAGUUGUGUCACCAGUAUUAUCUAUUAUGUCUACUUUACAAUCAUCUGCAUACAAGUUGUUCUGUAUUCAUUCGCUGACAAGCCUGAUCAUCCGAAUGAUACACUCCUUGGACAGAGAGAACAUUCCCCGGAGGAGACUGCAUCUGUCCUCAAUAGAUGGGUUUUCUGGUGGUUUAAUGGACUCGUGUGGAAAGCGUAUAGACAAACUCUGGAAGUUAAGGACCUCUGGAACCAGGUGGACUACCUGAGAUCAGAGACGUGUGUCCCAGAACUAGAACAAAACUGGAAGAAGGAAGUUCACAAACAGGCCACAAGAAACGUCAGAAUGCAACAUAAUAAUUUUCCCCAUCCUUAUAUCUACCAAAAUCGUACUUUCAUAUCUGAGUCAACACCUCCUUUAUCCAAUCAAAAAUCAGAUAUAGAUGACGACGAAGAAGGCUCCGAGAAUUUCCACCAAGCGCGACCAACUUUACUUAAAGUUGUGGCAAGAACCUACUGGAAACAGUGGCUACUUGCCUCCUUCUUUAAAAUCGCACGUGACGUUUUGUCCAUGAUUCAACCGCUGCUACUUAAACUGAUGAUCGAAUUCCUUGAGAACAAACACACAGAGGACAGGCCCCUGUGGAAUGGCUGGGGACUAGCUAUCUUGUUCUUUAUCAGUGGGGUAGUGGAGUCGCUGUUCUUCACUCAGGGCGCAUUCUGCAUGAUGACCCUGGGCUUGAAAGUGAAAGUAGCACUUGUAGGAUUGAUAUAUAAAAAGUCAUUGACAAUGAAUAACGCUGCUAAAAGUCACUACACGAUUGGUGACAUUGUCAGUUUGAUGUCAGUGGACUGUCAGCGAAUACAAGACGCCUUCAUGUUUCAGUACGAAGUCCUCUCCUUUCUCUUCAUGCUGGCCCUGGGUUUAUACCUUAUUUGGAAUCAAAUGGGCGUGGCAACUCUGGGAAGCGUUGCAGUGAUCAUUAUCAUAUCGGCGCUUAACAUAGUCUUUGGGAAACUUCAACAGAAGUACCAAGGAAUCAUUUUAGCGCUUAAGUCUAGUCGGAUAAAACUGUUAAAUGAGGUGUUAAGUGGUAUAAAAGUUUUAAAGAUGUAUACUCCAUUUAUGAUGAGCUAUUUUGUGUUGCUGAUUUUUACCUUGAUGACGUCAGGAAAUUACCUGAAUGCCAGUAAAGUGUUUGUUUCCCUCACCAUUAUCAACACUCUUCGCUUCUCUAUAACAAUUGUUCCAUUUGUCAUCACAGGAAUCAUACAGAUGAGCUAUUUUGUGUUGCUGAUUUUUACCUUAACAUCAGGAAAUUACGUGGAUGCCAGUAAGGUGUUUGUUUCCCUCACCAUCAUCAACACUCUUCGCUUCUCUAUAACAAUUGUUCCAUUCGUCAUCACAGGAAUCAUACAGAUGCUGGUAUCUCUAAAAAGAAUAGAAAAAUUCCUUUGUAAGGAGGACCUCAAUCAAAAGAACGUGUCGACCUCCUUAACCACAGGGUAUGCAAUUUCUAUAGAUAACGGAUAUUUUACCUGGGACCGAAGAAAUCGGAAACCUACCUUAAACAGAAUUAACCUUAAGGUCGGAGAGGGUAAACUUGUGGCCGUGGUAGGGCAGGUGGGGGCGGGGAAAUCGUCACUUAUAGCCGCCAUGUUGGGAGAGAUGGAGAAUGUCAAAGGUCACGUUAAUGUUCAG